AUGAAGAAUGUGAUUGAAUUGUUUUCAGUUAUGGUGAUGGGACAUCACAAUGCAUACACUAUUAUAAUUAUUUCAGAAGAUGGGAUGAAUCGUGCUCAAAUGUUAUUAGUACAAGACCCUAAUUACUCAAAUGACUUCAAAUUUGGACAUGUGUGGAGCAUUGUUCAAGAUGUUUAUUCACCUUCAUCUCCACAUGUCACUUCGUUUAAUCUUAACAUCACUGAUUCAGACAGUGGUGGUACUUCAACUAAACGACCUAUUGGGGUGAAGAAAGCAAAACUGAAGAGAAAGAAUGAACAACAAUUCAGUAAAAUGAUUUCACAGAAUGACGAACUUGUUGCGGCGUUGGAUCGAAGUACCAAUGUUGCUAUGUUCAAGGAAGAAAAUAAAAUUUUAUUCAAAGAUUUGAAUACCAUUGCUGAUCCGAUAAUGCGUGAAUUUAUUCGCAGUGAACAAGUCAGAAUUAUGCAAAAGAUGACUGAAAAUCAAAAAUCUCAAUCAAUUCUACAUCAAGGAGAAUAA